ACGGUGCCGCAGCGUGAAGGAGUUUGAGAAGCUGAACCGGAUCGGAGAGGGCACACCGUGCCCGGGACACGCUGACCAACGAGACAGUGGCCCUGAAGAAGGUGCGGAUGGACAACGAGAAGGAUGGAAUGCCCAUCAGCAGCCUGCGGGAGAUCACCCUCCUCCUGCAGCUCCAGCACCCCAACAUUGUGGAGCUGAAGGACGUGGUUGUGGGAAACCACCUGGAGAGCAUUUUCCUGGUGAUGGGGUACUGCGAGCAGGACCUGGCCAGUCUCCUGGAGAACAUGCAAACGCCCUUCUCGGAGGCUCAGGUGAAGUGCAUCAUCCUGCAGGUGCUCAGGGGCCUGCAGUACCUCCAUGAGAACUACAUCAUCCACAGGGACCUGAAGGUCUCCAACCUGCUGAUGACCGACAAGGGCUGUGUGAAGAUAGCUGACUUUGGCCUGGCACGCACCUACGGGAUGCCCCCUAAGCCCAUGACCCCCAAAGUGGUGACCCUGUGGUACCGUGCACCAGAGCUGCUGCUGGGCAUGACCACCCAGACCACCAGCAUUGACAUGUGGGCUGCUGGCUGCAUCCUGGCCGAGCUGCUGGCACACAAACCACUGCUGCCAGGCACCUCUGAGAUCCACCAGAUCGACCUGAUCGUGCAGCUCCUGGGGACACCCAACGAGAACAUCUGGCCGGGCUUCUCCAAGCUGCCCCUGGCCACGCAGUACACCCUGCGCAAGCAGCCCUACAACAACCUCAAGCACAGGUUCCCCUGGCUCUCGGAGGCUGGGCUGCGACUGCUCAACUUCCUCUUCAUGUACGACCCCAAGAAAAGGGCCACGGCCAAGGACUGCCUGGAGAGCUCCUACUUCAAGGAGAAGCCCUUGCCCUGUGAGCCCGAGCUGAUGCCCACCUUCCCGCACCACCGGAACAAGCGGGCGGCCAGCACGGCCCUGGAGAGCCAGGCCAAGCGCAGCAAGCCCUGAGCUGUGCCCUGGAACAGCCUGACGUGUCCUGGCUGAGGAGGAUUCCCUCAGCCCAGCAGUCCCAGCGCCACGGGGACGGCUCCUCCAUCCACCUGCCCGUGCAGGACAGGGCAGGCUCCGGUCUGCAGCCGGGCCAGCAGGGCCCCAGAGCCAGGAGAGAGGAGAGAUGGGGCCCGGGGAUGCCCAGGCUUGGCAGGCUCAGUCCUGUCCCAGGCGGGUCCUGGUUUGUGCUGUCUGUGGGGGGAACCCCGACUCUGCCAUCAAUAAAAGCAUCUGGCAGUGGCAA